UAUGUGUAUCUCCGACACAGGUCUCCAUCCAUCCCUCACCUCUCAGUCUACGACUCGACAACAUAAAUUUGCAGGGAGGAGCAAGCCGCCCUGUGAAGCUCUCUCCUCUCUCUGCCGGACUGACGCCUGCAGGGAAUGACGCAGCAUGACGAGGAGAUCAAGCCCUGAUCUCGCUUGCAAGCGCAAGCAGCACGCCGGCCGCAGCUGCCACCGCAAGCACGUCGAAGACGGGUAGCCAGGUGUUCUUCUUCUUCUUCUUCUUCCUCCUCUUCUUGCUCCCUUCUUUUCUCUUCUGUUUCUGCGUGAGGAAUCGAGGUAGACGCUUGGCGAGCUGUGUGCAUGGAGGAACUGGAACUGCCCCCGGAGUCCGAGGGCAAAGGCGUGCUGCGUGGCCGCUAUGAGCUCGGGCGCGUGCUCGGGCACGGCACCUUCGCUAAGGUUUACGCCGCCCGCGACCUCCGCACCGGGGCGAGCGUCGCCAUGAAGGUGGUGGCUAAGGAGAAGGUGCUCCGCGCGGGGAUGGUCGAGCAGGUGAAGCGGGAGAUCUCUGUCAUGCGGGUUGUUCGUCAUCCUAACAUCGUAGAGCUCCACGAGGUGAUGGCCACUCGCUCCCGCAUCUUCUUCGCCAUGGAGCUCGUCCGCGGUGGCGAGCUAUUCGCCCGCAUCGCCCGUACCGGCCGCCUUCGCGAGGACGCAGCCCGCCGCUACUUCCGCCAGCUGGUCUACGCUGUCGACUUCUGCCACGGCCGCGGGGUGUACCACCGCGACCUUAAGCCCGAGAACCUACUCCUGGACGACGCCGGCGACCUCAAGGUCGCCGACUUCGGGCUCAGCGCCUUGUCCGACCACGCCCGCGCAGAUGGCCUUCUGCACACCGCGUGUGGCACGCCGGCGUACGUGGCGCCGGAGGUCAUUGGCAAGAGGGGCUACGACGGCGCCAAGGCCGACCUCUGGUCCUGCGGCGUCAUCCUCUUCGUCCUGCUCGCUGGCUACCUUCCCUUUCAGGACGACAACCUCGUCACCAUGUACCGGAAGAUCCACCGCGGGGACUUCCGCUGCCCGCCUUGGUUCUCCUCCGACGCCCGCCGGCUCGUCACAAAGCUUCUCGACCCCAACCCCAGCACGCGGAUAACGGUGGCGAAGCUGGUGGAGAUGACCUGGUUCAAGAAGACGCCGAUUCCGCGACCAACGUCUGCCACGGAGGAGGCGGGUGAGAAGGGGAAGAAACAGGAAGCGACGGCGGACGAGCCGGAGACACUGAACGCCUUCCACCUGAUCUCGCUGUCGCAGGGGUUCGACCUGUCGCCCCUGUUCGAGAAGGAGGGGCGGGGGCGCAGGGACGACGGGAUGCGGUUCGCGACAAGGGAGACGGCCGAGGGGGUCGUGGCGCGGCUGGAGGGGGUGGCGGCUCGGGCCGGGGGAAGUUUCCGGGUGACGAGGAGCGGGGCCGCGGCGGUACGGCUGGAGGGGCCGGAGAGCGGGCGGAAGGGGCGACUGGCUGUUGCCGCGGAGAUCCUGGCGGUGGCGCCUUCGGUGCGGAUGGUGGAGGUGAGAAAGGCCGGCGGUGAUACCCUCGAAUACCAGAGCUUCUGCUGCGACCAACUCCGCCCGGCGCUCAAAGACAUCGAGUGGGCGGCCCCCGCCGCCACCGUUGAUUCCCGAUCCACGGCCUCUUGAUCGGUCGCAGUUGCGUGCUAAAAUGGAGAAGACAGAGGUAUCUCUGUGGUCGCUCCCCUCACCAUCGCUCGACGAUCCGCAUGUGCAUCAUUUAGUGUGUCGUAUCUAUCGCACGCACCGUGUGGUGUCUCAUAUUCCGUGGCGGAUAACCAUCGCAUUCUUGCUGAGUAAGAGCUCCUUUUUCCCUCUGCCUUGUUCUGUCAACAUACUCGGCUUACGACGUUGAAGUAUGCUGUUGAUAUCAAGAGGAAGUGUGUUGUGAUCAUAUGGAGAUGCAGUUGAUGAGAAGGUCACUGCGACAGGAAGCAUCAUGACACACGAAAGUGAAGCGUCUAUUCCCCUUCAGAUGCAUUCAAAAGAAACCCACACCUGAAAGCCGUUCAUCCUCCCCUCAUCUUCCUUCGGAUGCUCAGUCCAAUAAUUGACCCUGAAGCCAUCUCAGCUUAGACUCCAAAUGGCAUGAUACUUCUCGCGCACACAGGUGCGGCACAGUGGUCGAUCACCAGCUCGAUUCACGUCCUUCCAAGGCCGGGGAGUCAUGUCCCGCGACAGGAGGCCAUAACACGCUCCGCCUCUGUCCUCAGGUCACAGCAGCAGGGCUCAGAGUAGCUUUCGGUCCCCUCGAGCCUCGAACCAACAGAGCAUCCUUCCUUGCUUUGGAUGGAUCUCCAUGGCCUGUCUUCUUUUUCCUGCAUGGAACAGCCAAGUGGUGGCUGCUCUGGUGAGUUCAUAUGGGUUGCAUGUGAUCCGCCAGUACAGUCUGUGAACUGGUUCUGAUACUGAAAGCUAAUGCUGGACAUCAAGCAA